UCUUUAGAACACUUCAUUGUUUUUUUGGUGUUUGUUUUUUGUUUGUUUUUAGAUUUUCUUCCGUUACAACGCGGUGCGUGUAAACAAGAUUUCCAUAAAGACCAUUUUAUUUGUGCUGCACAUAAAUGCCCAUUUGCAUUCGAGAAGACUAGCCAUAUUCCAGUGUGCCCACUUUGUAACAAACCAGUACCGGUAAAAAAGGGAGAGAUCCCAGAUGUGGUGGUUGGUGAGCACAUUGAUUGAGAGUGUAGCUGUCAUCCUCGGAAGAAAGAGAAGAUUUUUAUACGCCGGCGCUCAAAAGAGGGGUGCAAGAAGGAGAUGCUGCAGGUGAUUUGUGACCAGUGCCGCGGCAGUUUCCGUAUUCAGCAUAGACACCCUCUGGAUCACAGCUGCCCACGUGGGAACCUUGCCGUCAGUGUAGCCGGAGAGAGAGAGACAGAGCCUGAGCGGGGAGGGCCAGAGAGAGGGAGACACAGAAUC